AUGCUUGAGGAAGCUCUCUCGGAGCAAAAGGAGAUGAGGAGCGAGAUCAAACAACUGACUCAGAGGCUGGAGAACUUGGAAAAACACCAGAAGAUGCAAGACAGCCAGAUAGCCCAGAUAGCUCAGUCCGUCUCGAGAGCACAGGGUACAUUCCCAGGGAAACCAUAUUUAAAUCUGGUAGAACACUACAAUCGCAUUGAGCUGUGGAGCGGACGUACUGUGGGAAACCCCCAAAUCAUGACUCAGAUGGGGCUUAACUCAGAAAAAGAACUCACUCCCCUAAUGCCCAAUCAGACGCAAAACAGGGAUGGAGAAGUGAAGGGCGACUACGAGACUGUAGCACUGAUAGAGAAUUGCAGCGCCCUCCUUAUGGUGAAUCCUCCACCCAAGCUUCAGGACUCAGGAAGUUUCCCCAUACCAUGUAAAAUUGAUUCUGAACUUAUACCAAGAGCUUUCUGUGACUUGGGAGCCAGUGUCAGCCUGCUCUUGUACUCUCUAUGCAAGAAGCUAGGUUUCCAGAACAUUGAAUUGACUACAAUGGCACUGCAACUAGCUGACCAUUCAUGCAGGUACCCGAUGGGAAUAGUGGAGGAUGUACCAGUUGAAGUAGGUGGAUGCAUAGUUCCUACAGACUUCAUUAUCUUGGACAUGGAGGAAGAUCCCAAGAUACCGAUCAUCCUUGGAAGACCAUUCAUUGCCACGGCUGGGGUCAUCAUCGAUGUAAAAAGCCAUAAGUUGUCCUUGGAGAUCGGUAAGGGAAAGAUUGAAUUUGAUUUGUCCAAUUCUUCCAUAUGCAACCCCCUUCCCAGGGAAAUUCUCACAAAAUUAGCACAUACAAAGAAGGGGAGUACAGUUCCUAUGAGAGAUCCCCUCCAGCAAGCAGUGAGAAAUACAUCUAUCCUGCACGAGCGAAACUGA